UAUUUUAUUUAUGGCUUUAUUAAUGCUUCCACUAAUCACAUUUGUAGCCUUCCGUGACGGUGCAGCAAAUAUUGGAAUUAAUAAACAUUCAAAACAACAAAAUAAUUUAUUAUUUUUGGAAAAUUUAAAAAUAAUAAACGGGACAGAAUUAAUAUUGGAAUGCCCCCCAGCCUCUAUACUUGUACGGACUCAUAUGGCCCCUGAUUUUGAACAUCCCCAAUUAGUUAGAAAAUUAAAUUGGUUUUUUGAAGGGGUGCUAGUUGCUUCUUUUCAACAGGUGAAUAAUUUGGGCAUUUUUGUUUUGGACAUUUUGAGAAAAAAAAAUAAACUUGAAAAUAAACUUGUUUUGGUAGAAAAAUAAACUUGAAAAUUAAAAAUCAGAAUUUUUUGUGUUUUGUUUGUGUUUUAAUGUUUUUGUGUUUUUAGUAUCUGUGUUUUGUUGUGUUUUGAAAUAUUCUGAUUUUCUUAAAUGUUUUGUGUUUUUGUUAAGUUUAUUUGUGUUUCUUUGAAAUUAUGUGUUUUGCAAUGUUUUUGUGUUUUGCAACUUGUUUGUGUUUUGUGUUUUAACACGCUGUGUUUUGGAGAUUCUGAUUUUUCUAAAUGUUUUGUGUUUUUCUGAAUUUUAUAUGUUUUGCAGUGUUUUUGUGUUUUGCAAACUUUUUUGUAUUUUUUCCAAGUUGGAAUUAUAAACUUAAAAAUUGUAAAAUAAAAAUA